AGGGAACAAGGCUGGAUGCUGGUCAAUCUCAGCGAAGAAUACAAGCGCAUGGGCCUCCCUAACGAUUACUGGCAGCUCAGCGAUGUGAAUAGAGAGUACAGGGUCUGUGACUCCUACCCGACCGAACUGUACGUUCCCAAGUCGGCCACGGCACACAUCAUAGUGGGGAGUUCCAAGUUCCGGAGCAGACGGCGAUUUCCUGCCCUUUCUUACUACUGUAAAGAUAACCACGCCUCCAUCUGCCGGAGCAGCCAGCCCCUGUCUGGCUUCAGCGCCCGCUGCCUGGAGGAUGAGCAGAUGCUACAGGCCAUCAGGAAGGCCAACCCGGGAAGUGACUUCCUUUACGUUGUGGACACUCGGCCCAAGCUUAAUGCGAUGGCAAAUCGUGCUGCAGGGAAAGGCUAUGAGAACGAAGACAAUUAUUCCAAUAUCAAGUUUCAGUUUAUCGGGAUAGAGAACAUCCAUGUCAUGAGGAACAGUCUGCAGAAAAUGCUGGAAGUGUGUGAACUUAAAUCUCCCUCCAUGAGUGAUUUUCUGUGGGGACUGGAGAACUCUGGCUGGUUGAGGCACAUUAAGGCCAUCAUGGACGCAGGAAUCUUCAUUGCAAAGGCAGUUUCAGAGGAAGGGGCCAGUGUGCUUGUUCACUGUUCUGAUGGCUGGGACAGGACCGCUCAGGUGUGCUCGGUGGCCAGCCUCCUUCUGGAACCUCACUACCGGACUCUGAAGGGCUUCAUGGUAUUAAUUGAAAAGGACUGGAUUUCCUUUGGUCAUAAGUUUACUCACAGAUACGGCAACCUAGAUGGUGAUCCCAGAGAAAUUUCUCCAGUUAUUGACCAGUUCCUUGAGUGCGUCUGGCAGUUAAUGGAACAGUUUCCCUGUGCCUUUGAGUUCAAUGAGAGGUUUUUGAUUCACAUUCAACAUCACAUCUAUUCCUGCCAGUUUGGGAACUUCCUAUGUAAUAGCCAGAAGGAGAGACAAGAACUCAAAAUUCAAGAAAGAACAUACUCUUUAUGGGCUCACCUCUGGAAAAAUCGGGUUGACUACUUGAAUCCUCUGUUUAGAGCGGAUCACAGUCAGACCCGGGGAGUCCUUCAUCUCCCCACAGCACCAUGCAACUUCAUGUACAAGUUUUGGAAUGGAAUGUAUAAUCGCUUUGAGAAGGGACUGCAGCCUCGACAGUCAGUCACAGAUUACCUCGUGGCCGUGAAGGAGGAGACUCAGCAGCUGGAGGAAGAGCUCGAGGCCCUGGAAGAAAGGCUGGAAAAAAUUCAGAAAGUGCAGUUAAAUCGCACUAAGGUGAGGAGUAAGCAGAGUGAGCCCAGCAAACACUCAGGAUUUUCUACCUCGGACAACAGCGCAGCCAACACCCCUCAGGAUUACAGCGGCAAUGUGAAGUCCUUCCCGUCCAGGAGCCCUUCCCAGGGUGAUGAGGACUCUGCUCUGAUCCUCACUCAAGACAAUCUGAAAAGUUCAGACCCAGACCUGUCCGCCAACAGUGACCAAGAGUCGGGGGUGGAGGAUCUGAGCUGCCGCUCCCCCAGUGGUGGGGAGUGUGUGCCGAGCGAGGACAGUGGCAAGGACCGGGAUUCCGACGAAGCCGUGUUUCUCACCGCCUGAGGAUCCCCCGCCAUGGAGUUCCCAAGUAAAGGACACACAAGGAACACUUUCCAAAAAUAAGGGAACAGUGCAAUCUCAAAUAAAAACAGCCCAAGAAAUGGUACAGGUCAUCGAAAAAUUAUAAAAUGUAGUGACGAAAAGGAAAAAAGUCCAACUUCGAGUUCCUUUAGGUGUUGAUGUACAGGAAACAGCCAUUUCUUUUAUCAAGCAAAUAUAAGGAAAAUUGUUCCCCAUUCUAGAAUAUGGAGGUUUUAUUCACUACAGAGCAAUGACCUCUGCCAUCACCCGAGGUUAUCAAUUCACAUCUUCCUUGCCUGCAGCUGCUCAAAGUGCCCUGACCACAUUCCUUCACACUCGUCUUCAAUCUUUCCUUUUAAUUCAUUUCCAGAUGAAUAUUUUGUUUCCUCAAAUAUUUGACACUUCCUUCCUUGACUCUGUUAUCAAGAUUUUUGUU